GAGGCGCAGGAGGAAGAAGAAGAAGAGGCUCCGCAGCCCUCUGCCCAAUCAGUGAUUUUGUUUACAUCUGUGUUUCCUUAUAGGUGUACGCUUAUAUUCGGUAUGUUGAAAAAAAAAAAUACCACAUAGUAGUCUUAGCUGGUUGUUGUUCGAGGUAUCUGCAGGGCUGAGUGAGUUGUGUCAGUUAAACGCUGCACAUGAUGACCUCAGAGUCUGCCAGCCUGGAGAGCCUGCGUGUGCUGUUUCAGAGCGAUGACUACAUCGUGGUGGACAAGCACUGGGACAUCCGCAUCGACAGCAAGAUGUGGUACGAGAAACACACCGUGCAGGCGCAACUUCGGCACCGCUUCCCACAGCUGGCAGACCCUAGCACCUACUAUGGAUUCAGGUUCUGUCAUCAGUUGGAUUUCUCCACGAGUGGGGCUCUUUGUGUCGCCCUCAAUAAGGCUGCUGCCGGCAGGGCUUACCACUGCUUCAAGGACCGCACUGUCACCAAAGCUUACCUCGCCAUGGUACGUGGCUUGGUAGAAAAAGAGACACAAACUUUGGACUUCUCCAUUGGCAAGAACUCCUCAGAGGGAAAAACACACAUGAUGUGUAUUGAGGGAACAGAAGGUUGUGAGAACCCCAAGCCUUGCCAAACUGAGCUGAUUGUUUUGGAGUAUGGGUUCUAUGAUGGAGACCCUGUCACCAAGGUGCUACUGCAGCCACUCACUGGCCGAACCCACCAGUUAAGGGUGCACUGCAGCGCAAUAGGCCACCCUAUCGUUGGGGACUUUACCUACAGCUUGGGAGCGGACGACUCAACCUACCGCAUGAUGCUGCACGCCCACCUCCUCCACAUUCCCCUGGAACCUGAGCCCCUGCUCGUCUCUGCUGGAGACCCCUUUCUCCCCGCGGUGGAUCCCAAGUGGCUCCCACAGCGCUCAUUACGGACACUGACGGCCACUGUGGAGGCGCUGCUGGAGCACAGGGUGGAGGAAGACAGGAAGAUCAAAGAGGAGAAGCGAGAGAGGACGAGAAGGGAGGAGGAGAAGAGGAAAGGACGCAGGGAACAGAGGAUUGAGGAGGAGAGUGAGGAGCAGAGGAUGCAGUGUCAGCAGUGGCUGAGUGAAUGGGCUGGAGACUGAUGUAUUAUUUUAGUUGAUUUAAGUUGUUUACUAAGCAAGGCCACGUUGAGCAUGCAUGCUCCAUCUCACUGACCACUCGCGCUUGCAUUGAAAUGGCAUACAUGGAAGUGAACCCGUACCUUAAUUCCCUCACAAACCAGUUACAAACAUUAUGUUAGAAAACAAUAGUGUGAGCAUGUGUGCUGCUGCUUUCUUAAACAAUUCAAACAACUGGGAGUUACCAACUAUAACCAGAGCCACUGAGCAGUUCCACCGCAGUAGCUGAGAAUGAAGUGCUUUGCUCAAGUUUAUGUUGACAUGUGAGGGGUUGGGUUGAUACCCCCCCCCGCGCCCUCUUAAGAAUUUAAAUUGGUGACUUUGUCACACGUCUGUGCUGUAUAUGGUCAGAUGAACAUACAAUAUGUAAUUUUCUGCCACUAGGCGAUAUCAAUCAAAAAAUAACAAAAGACGUUAGGCUCGUCAGCAGAUAGCUACCACAGUUUGCUCAGCUUGUUUCUGUGAUAACUUAAGAUCCAGGGUUAGGUAUAGGUAUAGUCGAUGACUACAAUUUUUCAUCCAGUUAAAAUAUAUAGUUAAAAAAACGACCAAGAUCUAGUGGCUUAAAACUGGAUAAAAAGUCAAUUUAAGACAACCACAAUGCUGAUGCAUGCUCAAAGGGGAUAUGACACUAUUGACAGGCGACUGCAACCAAAUGACACGCACCGUGUACUUGAUUAAAAUUACAGAUUUCUCUGGGUUUGAAUAUUGUUGGAAAGGUUUUUGGGUAAUGUAAGUACCCAACUUGACAAAUAUACAACAUAGGUUUAGUCGUUUUUAGACAUUUUAAUGCGGCCAUUAUAUUUUUAACUCUGAUUGCGGACCCUCAGCAGCAGCAAAUGUUUUUUGUCCAUGUCCAAAUGCUGGUAAGUUCAUGUGUGUUGUCACAUACAUACGCUGCAUGGCUGUAACCUGUAACAUACAUGGAAUCUACCCUGGAUGUUCUGUGCCUUUUGUUGUUUGUUGAUUACUUUACAGCUUUAAAUUAAACUGUUUACCCUAAAAAAAAAACUAUGUCAAUGGAACAACAAAUGUCUACAAUUUACUAUUACUUUGUUCAGUACUAAUAUAAAAAGCUAAAUAAAUGGUUGAACAA